AUGUUUCAAUGGAUCACACGUUGUGUGCCAGGUUUAAGCAUCCUAACGUUACUUGGAGUCUCAUUCGCGACGUUCAUUGAUCUUUAUUACUCUGUGCUGUACCAAGAUCUCGUUCGUGAUCAUGGCCAGCUCCCAGGUGAACAUGCUUCGGAUGGCAGACCAACCACACUGCCAUUGACUCAGAAGAUUUUUAUUGGCAUGUCGUUGUUUGUACACCUGAAUGCCUUCUACUUCGCUAUCCGCCUAUUCUUCGCUCUACUCAAAACACUGAGAGAGUCAAAAAAGGCGUUGCAGCGCCGCCACUCCACUACGCCAAAGUCAGUCGAUACGGAAGAUGCUUUCGAAGCAGAGUUGGCAGGCAAUGUUCCGUUGAGUGUUCUUGGGGGGACUCAGUUUGAGGCAGAGCCGGACUAUCUUGUCAACAACCAGGAGGUCGUUCACGCAAUCAUCUUACCCAAUUAUGAAGAAAAUUUUGAUACCUUAUGGACCACGCUCCAUGUUCUAGCCAGUCACCCUAGAGCUGCCAGUCAGUAUGAGAUCUACCUUGCAAUGGAACAAAAGGAGCUCGAGGCCCCUGCAAAAGCGGUCAGUCUAGUUUCAACUUUUGAAACCAGAUUUUCUCACAUUGAAGCCACGUUCCAUCCGUCUGGAGUACCAGGCGAGAUAGCCGGGAAGAGUUCCAACGUCGCAUACGCCGCUCAACGUAUCAUCAAUUCACACAGAAGAGACGACAGGGAGGAUUUGACCAGUAAAUUAAUCACUGUUAUUGAUGCCGAUACCCAUCUAUUGCAGGAUUACUUCAAUGAGAUCCAACGACUUCACUUCGACGAUCUUGCCAGCCCCGAACUAUCCUUCUAUACCUGUCCCAUCAUCUUCGAUCGAAACUCAUCCGAAACACCGAUUCUAGUCCGCUGUGCAGAUAUGAUGUGGGCAUUCGCAGGUGUCUCAGCCAUGUACCCUGGAUCCCCGAUCUCCAUUCCCACCUCCGUAUAUACCCUUCCUCUCAGCAUGGCAGAACGAGUUGGGGGAUGGGACAGUGAUGCUGGGGCAAUUGGUGAAGACAUGCAUAUGCUUCUCAAGUGCUACUUUGCCAUGGAUGGCAACAUCACCACACGUGUUGUCGCAAGCCCCGCGAGCCAAUGUAAUAUAUCCAGCAAUGAGCAUCGUGGCUGGCGCCGGAACAUGGAUAUUUUGGCAGCUCGCUAUCGUCAAGCUUUGCGCCAUAUGUGGGGUGCACUGGAUACGGGAUUUUUCAUUCGGCAGAGUGCUGCCAACCUGUCGCGUCCCAGCUGGCGAAUCCUUUUCAGCGGGACGCAAUGGGCCCUUGCACAUCUUCUCUUCGAAGCGCACUUCCUUCCAUGUCAUUUGAUAAUUACGUUGGCUAUAUCAUCUAUUUAUUCCGCUUUCAUUUCUCCGGAGUCUAUGCAUCCGGAUUUGGAGUGGGCAUUUCAAUUCACCGGCGUUCUGCGGGUUUGUUCCUUCAUUAUGAUGAACAUCUGCAUGAUAGUCUAUGGGCAUUGGCAUAAUUUCUGCGUCAAUACCCGUCUUACGGACAUGAUGGAUGCCGGUGUCCCUGAUGCGGGCUUUUCAUUCCGAAAUGAGUGGAAUGGCGGUACUCUUCUCGAGCGUAUCCUUUUUCCCGUGGCGGGAACAUUGUUCGGGCCUGUCCCGGCCAUCCAAGCUGUCUUUUCUCAUUUCUGGACUGAUAGAUUGGUAUAUAAAGUAAGCCAAAAGCCAAGCUUCGGUCCAAGCUCUGUCUAA